AUGACGUCCAGUCUGCCCAGUCGUUGCCAGUACUCGGCUGUCCGAGUCCGCUGUAUCUGCCUAAGGGUGAACACUGCGAAAACACUCAGACUUGCAAUUGUGGGGCAAUUUAGGACUUCGAGUCACUUCAUGGCAAUUCAGCUCUGGAGACCAAUUUCUCUGAAGAGCAACUCAUCCCAUUAUAUGUACCAACCUCCGGCAGCCCGACCGAUGCUGGCCGCCGGCUUCCGAUCACCUGGUGAUGUCUCCCUGGCCCGGCUGUCACAGGGUCCAUCAUGGAGGCCGAUGGCUGCGCUUGAUGAUUGGGUCGCAAAAGAGGCCCGACCGGUUAGCCUCCGCCAGCUCAUGUUCUUCGGACGCUCGCUGAACGAGGCUCGCCUGCUCAGCUCGGCCAACUAUGUUCGCACAGAGCUACCUACCCGCCUGUCUCACCGCAUCCGGGAUAUGCAGAUGCUACCAUACCAGGUCGUGUCGAAUCGACACAUAGCGGAAGUUUACAACAUGUAUUGGACCGCCUUCGACACCUUUCGCAAGAUCAAAGAGAUCAAGUCGCUAGCCGACAACGACGUCUUCUGCGAGAUCAUCAGUGGGAUGCUUAAGACUCACCUCACUGUUAUCCCCAAGCUGGCCAUGGGUGUGCUUGAGUGUAGUGGGCUCAUGGACCCACAGGAGCUCAACAGCUUCAUGAACCGCAUCUUGCAGUCCAGGAUCUCUCGCCGCGUCAUCGCGGAACAGCACGUGACACUCACACAGUCCUUCCGCAACCAGACUCAGCCGUGGUCGGCACCAACAGGGGAAGCCGCGGCGGUAGCAGCAACGCUGGGAUCGGCCAGCCCCGUGGCCGAGUCCUCCGAUUUCGUCGGCAAUGUACUCGUCAAGUGCGUUGCCCGCGACGUCGUCGACCGCUGCGCCGCAGCCGUCCACGCCCUGGCGCGCUCCGCCCAUGGGGAAGACAUCCCGCUGCCUGAGAUCCGCGUCGUCGGCCAUCUGACGGCCAAUUUCCCCUUUAUCCUCAGUCACCUCGAGUACAUAAUUGGCGAACUGCUGCGCAACAGCGUCGACGCCACUGUUGAACAGCACCAAAAGUUAGGGAAGCCCCCGCCGCCCAUCGAAGUCACCAUCUGUGAGUCGUCGCAGCACGUCAUCAUCCGCGUCUCGGAUCAGGGUGGCGGCGUCGCGCGAGACAUGCUUCCAUACCUUUGGUCAUUCAGCAAAGGUCCCCACAGCGACCGGCUGCUCCAGAACCUCAAACACGUGCCCAAGAUGGCCGCCACGCUGCAGGAGGUACGCCCUGAGGAGGACAGCAGCGGCAUCCUGUCAAUGCCGCAGAUGACGACUGACCAGAGUGUGAUGUCAUCUCUCUCGUCCUUGUCAUCAAGACCGCCGAAUCUGAAGUUGGGUGUGGGUCUACCUUUAAGUAGAGUAUAUGCCGAAUACUGGGCUGGGAGUCUUGAGCUCCACAGCCUGGAGGGCUACGGGGUUGACACGUUCCUGCAGAUAUCGAAGCUUGGGAACAAGAACGAACAGCUUGCUACCAGGGCAAGUAUAGACGCUGUGUGA